ACUCUCCUCUAGGGCGGAAUGCUCACUUGUCCCUGAGCGCCCAAGCAUACUCCCUCUUACGCUACGCGGCUGGUGCCCAGAUUUGUUCGUAAACUGUUCUGAUAUGACCAUGCGAUGUAGAGUUUUGAAUCCCGGAUAAGGAAGCUUGGGCUUCUAGUAGAAGAAGUAGUUAAGUUUUUGCAAGCAUCUGAUGAUCAGCUAGACCGCGAACAAGUCAAAUAGAGAAGUUAAUGGUGUGGGACAAACUGCCCAUGUGUCUUUAAUGUAGGCCUGGUAGAUGGCCUCUGGAAUACUAUUCAAAGUCCUAAGCUGGACGAAGCACUUCGCUUCUGUGUGAAGAAUAUAAACCGACCAAUCUGUUUUUCUGCAUUGAAGAGAUUAUGGCUUCUCUUUCCUCUCCUGAUCAUGAGGCUUGCUACCUCAUGAAGACAGUAAGGGUCUAUGAAGGAAGAAGGAGAGGAGGCAACUGGGCAAUGGUGAUCCAUUUCAAGCGGAACCUCUUCUCGUUCUUGAUCGCUGCCGCUCUCUUCAGCUCUGUGGUUGAUGGCCAAUAUGAUGGAAUUGCAAUACCACCCGCUCAACGUUACCUACAGGCAGUAUCUUCUCCACCUUCUCCACAGGCAUUCCAAAUUCAGCUUCUAGGAGGCUGGCUGGGAAGUCGACGAGAGUUGCUAGAGCCUUCUUCGGCGCCAAGCAGUCUAUAUGAUUCGCCUCCUCCCCCGCCAAGCCGUAUAUAUGAUUCGCCUCCUCCCCCGCCAAGCAAUAUAUAUGAUUCGCCUCCUCCCCCACCAAGCAGUAUAUAUGAUUUGUCUCCUUCCCCGGAAAGCAGCCAUGAUGCGCCUUCUGCCCCGCCUUCGUAUUCUGAGAGAUCAACGGCCAGAAAUGGCAAGAAAAAGACGUCGAUCGGCAUUAUAAUUGGCCCCGUCGUGGCCGGCAUCGCAGUGCUGGCUUUAAUUGGAGUCGCCGUCGCGUGGAAGUACAAGAAGAAGCCAACAAAAGAAGAUCAUGAGCAACCAGGUGGGCGCGACAUCCCAGAAACACCACAACGAAGCCCAAAAGAUGCUCAUGCCUUGCUGCCUGUUAAAGGAAUGGUGGACGCUUACUCGAUGGAAGCUCAUAAAGUGUCUCCAAAAGAAGGCGACGAAACCGCCGGGGAAAGAACGACUUCUGCAGCUAGAGAAUUGGAAAGCCAUGCAGCAAGCGAAGUGUCAAGUGCUAGAACAGCCGAUACAACGAUGAUGGUGCCUGAGGCAGCACGUCGCUUUACCUACAACGAGAUCCUAAGCAUUACCAAAAACUUCGGUUGGGUCGUCGGUGAAGGAGGGUCGUCCACAGUCUAUUAUGGCCAAUUACCUGAAACCGGUGUUAAAGUUGCUGUCAAGAAACUGAAAGAGCCAGGCUCACAAAUUGGCAACCUCCUCAAAGAGAUAGAGAUUUUGAUGAGAAUCCAUCACAGGAACUUGGCCUCAUUAGUUGGCUUCUACUUAGAACAAGAUGAAAUAAUACUUGUAUCCGAGUACAUGGCCAAUGGAAGUCUCUAUGAGAGAUUAAAAGCUAGGGCCCAUGAGUUGACAUGGAGAAAACGACUGCAGAUAGCACUGGACGCUGCAAUAGGGUUAGAAUAUCUGCAUACAGGAUGCAAACCAGCAGUCAUUCAUAGAGAUAUCAAGCCCGCAAAUAUUCUCUUGGAUGAAAAUCUGCAAGCCAAAUUAGCAGACUUCGGGUUGUCCAAGACUGGAGCAGCAGAUGGAACGGAGUGUUCAGUUUAUCAAACCAGAAUUGCUGGCACAUUGGGAUACAUUGAUCCUGAGUAUUUGCAAACAGAGACUCUCACUAAAAAGAGUGAUGUGUACAGUUUCGGAGUAGUUCUUUUUGAGCUUAUAACAGGGAAGCCUGCCAUAAUGAUCACUGAAACGAAUGAAAAAUGCAAUCUCACUAGAUGGGUCAUGCCUAUGCUCAUGAGAGGAAAUAUAGAGAGUCUACUUGAUCCAUUGUUGAAGGGCCGGUGUAACAUUCAAUCUGUCUGGGAAGUAGCAGCGAUCGCAAAGACUGCCACACAAGAUCCAGCUGGAAGACCAGAUAUGCCCCAAAUUGUAAGCACCCUCAAGGCAGCCUUAAGCAUGGAAACUUCUUGGGCGGACAUGGCUUUCGUAUCUGAAACGAUGACCAGCCAAUCUUCUUUUGACGAAAUCCCACAUAAUCCGGUGGCGAGAUAGUUCAUGCAUCUUCCUCUGCUGCCAUCGGUUCCCCACUCUGCCUCUUAGUUUCAUCAUAUUUCAAACUGCAGAGCCUUUUCCUCAUUGAAAAAGGGCAUCUUAUCCAUGUUAAAUCACUGGUUGGAACAACUAUGCUCUUCAAACAAUCUUGUGUGUUCCUUUAAUUUUCGUGAAAACGAUGUGGUUGUCAUUUGUUGGUUAAUAACAAUGUGUGAUACAGUUAGACUUUCA